GCAUCGGAAUUAAUGGAGGAGGGGUGAAGCUCAAUCUCAUAGGGAUUGAGAGAGGGAUGAGAGAGGGGAGAGGAUGCAGGGAUACACGAGCGUGAGCAGCAAGGUCGAUUACGACCUCGAGUCAGGGGAGGUUCUGUACCCGGGUCUCAGCCCCGCCGAGAACCAGCUUCGUUGGGGCUUCAUCCGCAAGGUCUAUGGCAUCCUUUCUUUUCAGCUUCUUCUCACCACCCUCGUUUCCUUUGUCACCGUCUUGUAUACUCCCAUCAACGAUCUUCUCAGGGGCAACUCCGGACUUCUCCUCUUCGUCAUCUUCCUCCCCUUUCUCUUCUUGCUUCCUUUACUCAAAUACCAGCAAAAGCAUCCUCAUAACUACAUCCUUCUUGGACUUUUCACCGUGUCUAUAAGCUUGACUGUUGGAAUAACCUGCGCAAACACUAGUGGAAAAAUUGUCCUUGAAGCAUUGAUUUUGACCUCGGCUGUAGUUUCCUCUCUAACUGGAUAUACCUUCUGGGCUUCAAAGAAGGGCAAGGAUUUCAGCUACCUUGGUCCUAUAUUGUUCGCCUGUCUCUUUACCCUCUUCCUUACUAGCAUGAUGCAGAUGUUCUUCCCUCUUGGACCAACAGCAAAUGCUAUUUAUGGUGGAAUCGGUGCCAUGAUUUUCAGUGGGUACAUUGUCUAUGAUACUGACAACCUGAUCAAGCGUUUUACUUAUGAUGAGUACAUUGGGGCCUCAGUCACUCUUUAUCUUGACAUUCUGAACCUCUUCCUUACCAUCAUGAGGAUGCUGAGGGAGGGGAACAAUUAGAAAUUAGUCAUUCUGUAAAAUGGGUUUUUAUUGAUUAAAAUAAAUGAAAUACUACUUUCUUGGUUGGAUGUGUAUUAUAUUCACGAGGGAAACAUUAUGAAGAUGUUCCAUGCCUUCUCUAGUAUUCCUUUGCAGCUGACAAAUGCUUUAAUAGCUUGUAAAAUUUCAAGUUUACAGUUGCCUCGGGUAAAUUGUGACAUAUUUUGCAUGUGA